AUGAAAAUUAAAGAAUAUUUCAAUAGAAUUUCGGUCAAUCAACAUUUGAUUGCAUCGAUUGUAAUAAGACUGAUGCUAAUUAUCUAUGGACAAAUGCACGAUCAGAAUUCAGAAGUACCAUACACAGACGUCGACUACAAAGUGGUGACAGAUGGAGCACGACAUGUGUUGGAAGGAGGCUCACCGUUCGAUCGACACACUUACCGGUACAGCCCUCUCUUGGCAUUCUUACAAAUUCCUGGUGUUUUAUUCCAUCAGUCAAUGGGAAAAUACAUCUUCUCGCUUUUCGAUAUAUUCGUUGCUAUCUUAAUUCAUAAAAUAGUCUCUAACAAGCUUCGGUUGCAAUACAAAAAAGCAGUCCAAUCGAUUCUCAUGCAAUAUGGCAAGAACCCGCAAUGGAAGCAGUUGCCAGACAACCACAGUCGGCCUGAAGAAUUAGCGAAAUAUUCCGUUCUCAUGUGGCUCUAUAAUCCCUUGACAAUGGUCAUCUCAACGCGAGGAAAUGGAGACUCGUUUUCGAGCUUUUUUGUCAUCCUAACCAUUUACUUCAUUACCAAAUCGGAAGAUGAGUCCAAUUUGAAUUCUUUUCUGGCUGGCUUGUCCCACGGUGUGGCCAUUCACCUGCGACUUUAUCCAAUACUUUUUAGCUUGGCGUUAUAUCUUUGUUUGAACGAAAAACUUAUCGUCACUGUUUUCACAUUUUUCAAACAAAUAUUAAUGCCGAACAUGCAACAGCUCCUGCUAGUUCUUGGCACUAUAAUCAGUCUGACUGCACUUACUGGAUUCUUCUAUCAACUGUACGGCUGGAAAUACAUCUACGAGGCGUACCUCUAUCACUUUGUUCGAAAAGAUGCUCGACACAAUUUCUCGCUUUAUUUUCUAAUGCAAUAUUUAUCUGGCAAUUUAGCAGCAUCGGUAACUGAAAAAGCGCUCAUAAUAUUACCACAAUUGCUGUUGAUGUUUUAUCUAACUAUAAGCUUUGGCCAAUUUCGUCAAACUCUACCAUUUUGUAUCUUUGCACAAACCUUUAUUGCUGUAACAUAUAAUUCUGUGGUAACAUCGCAAUAUUUCGUAUGGUAUCUGGCGUUGUUGCCUAUUUGUUUGAAUAAUCUUCAAACAAUGCCAUUACGAACAGCGGCUAUGUUCUUUAUGAUUUGGAUGCUGGGUCAGGGAUUAUGGCUAUUGCCAGCCUAUCUAUUGGAAUUCAAAACUUGGAACACAUUCAAUUGGAUUGGUGGACAAGCGGUAUUCUUUUUUCUAAUAAAUAUAUUUUUGUUGAGCAGGCUGAUCAAGUACUAUAGUUUUACAUCUUUUAAAAUUAAAUUAAAAAAAAUAUUCUAAUAAUAUUCUUUUUUUUUGUAAUAAAAUAAAUUAUAUCUAUUGUAUAAAAUAUUAUGUAUAAUAAAGACAGUUAUUGAAUUUAGUAUAAA